UGGUCGUAAAUGUGCAGCCCAGCCACAAACACUUCGCUCAUCACUGUUGGAGCACAUUCCCGGGAACAAGAUUCGCACGUCUCCAAACGUGUCUCUCCAUAGCAUGCCCAAUAGUGAUUCGUCCGGUGGUAUAUACUCCCCUCUUCCACAGACGACACUGACCGAUUCUGAGAGUGAAGAAGAGCUACUGCGACGCACCACAGUAACAGUCCGCCGAAUAUCGGAACGCACGUUUAGCGGAAGUACCAGGGGUGGGAGCGGCGGUGUUGUGACGGCAAUCAUGAUGAACGGUAUGAAGGGACGACCGGUGGCGGAGAUUCGCUCGGCUACAGGAACCGAAAAUGGUGGUGCUACCCUGUACAACGGCGGUUAUCCACCGAGCCCGAGUGAUGUGGAAGAUGCCAGUGGCGUCUUUCACGCGGACAAUGUGGCCAUUUUGCACGAGGCCGUAUCGAUUCCGGAUCACAAAAUGUCCUUCCCGAGAAAAUGUUGCUUCGUGGCUUCGCUGGUCAUAUGUUUCCUUGCGGUGAUAGUGUUUCUUUGGAUUAUUCCGUGUUCGGAUGAGCUGUCCUGUCCUGCACGCGCGGAACGGGUAAAAACGCAAAACUGGAUACGUAACUACGAGAAAAUCGAACUGAAGGGUGUGAUAAACGUUGUCGAGGGUGUACACGGUAAGAGUAAGAACCUCGUCUUCAUGUACCGCGGUGAUAAGCUGUUCCCAGAGUUUGACGAGUCGUACAGAAGACGAAACGGCAUCAUUUCCCUGGUCGGUAGCUCCGGCAAGGUCGCUUGGUACGAUCAGAUGAUAAACGAACCGAAGAGUAUCGAUUGCACCUUGCUCGAUGCGGAUCGUAGCGGUGCACCAGAUUGUCUGGUGCUGGAUGAGUACGGUCAGCUAGAGUGUAUCGAUCCGCUGUCCGGGGAGUGGCUGUGGCACGCGGAAGGAUACAACAAGCGAAGCAACAGUGGCAAGCAGAACGACAUGCUCGACUUCCCGUUGCUUAUACCGGACGUCGAUGGGGACGGCGUGUACGAUCUGCUGUUCGUGACCAGCUCCAGUGAGACCAAACACAACCGUUUGGUAAUGAUAUCUGGUCGGAAGGGCAUCACAAUCGGGGAUUCAUACGCAGUUAAAGAGUGUCUGUACGUCCACAAGCUCAUGCUGGACGAGGAACUAAACGUGAAGUUUAACUGCGUCAAGGAAAAGUCUGAACAGCAGAAAGCCAAGUCACUACCCGAGCUGUACAAGCUCAUACAUCGCAAAGCGCUAGAUAUGCGUGUGGUUCGACGAAUGCCCACCGAUCUGCCCCAGCACAAAUUCUUUGGCCAAAGGCGCAACACCGAGAAGCAGCGUACGAUAACAAACGUCGGUGGCAAACAGCUCGUGGUGGAGAAUCGUGGUAAAUGUCCGGAGAAUUGUUCCACCUCCGUGCUGCUGACGGAAGAGUCCACCGGUGAGUUGCUGUGGAACGUAUCCGGUCGCCAGCUGUACGGCAUGCAACCGGUACGGUUAAGCUUCUCCAACUUCGGUGCCGAUAACCGUUCCACCAUGUACGGGUUCGUGAUUAAGUUCUGGGAGUGGAGCCAGCGUGAUCCGGACAACCGUAGCUCGCGGUUCAAGCGCGCGCUGUUCGGCACGCGGGAUGACGAUAGCAAGCAGCGCUUCAUCCAUCAGCAGCCCUGGAUAGGGCCGCCCGGGCUGGACGCCAUCUCGAAAACAUCCUCGUCAGCGCGGGGUCAAAACCAAUCGAGCUCCUCGGCCCGCCCGUCCGGUGUGUUCCGCACGCGCAUGCGCUACCUCAAGGAAACGAUCAAGCUGAUCGUGUUCAACUCGAGCUACAUCAAGAUCGAAAACACGAGCCAGAGCAAUGUGAUCCAGUUUUGCCGCGAAACGAUCAGCGGCGAUCCGGCGGAGGUGCUCUGCCAGCCCGAUUUGAAUUAUCAGGAAAACUCGCUACUAAUCGCCGAUCUGGACGACGAUGGUUCGCAGGAGCUUGUGUCGUAUUAUUCGACCUUCGUCAAAACCGCCACCAACGAUGCAGACGGGAUGGGAGCCGGUGUCGGCGUUGGACCCGGAGCGACCAUGAAGUUGAAGACGUUCGUCCAGCUGUUGCGGCUCGAGUCGGAGCUACCGAAACUGUACACUCCGUCUGCCGGUCAGGAGUCGGAUGGCGUCAAGCAUCGUUAAAGAAGGAGUGACCAUCCAGCAGAAGGAAGGUCGCAUUCCAAAAAAAACAAGUGAUUUUGUGAUCUCAUACCAACCUCGUUCCACUAGCUUUACGUUACAUCAAUGUCGUUCGUUUCCUUUUUUCUCCUCAUAGGAUUGUCACUGUGCACUAGGCUAGUAAAAGGGUGCCGAUAUUCACCAACAACCCGUACAGCUUAAUAAUAGUGAAGAUAGGAUAAGCAAAACAAGUCCAACAGACGAUAAUGAUAGCAAUUUGGUAAGAUUUGGGAAGAAGUGCCGGGUGUAAGUGGCCAAUACGGGUCUUGAGGUGGCAAUAAGCCAACAGAAGCAAACAGUUUCCCACUCCAGUUUUCCGCUCUGUCUCUCUUGUACGAGUAGUGACUAUUCCUGCUGCACUGUUUGCACCGAACCGUGUCCUUGUAUACAUGCACACUAUACCAUGCGCGCACGCUUGUAUUUUUAGUAUACACAAAACAUGCAAUCAAACGAAAUGACAAAGUACUUCGCAUCAGAGCGAAGAGAUUGAGAUUGAAACAUAACAGUUGAAUAUAAAUCCAUAUGGACCUAAUGUUGAAUAGAAAUGUGAAUCAAA